AUGCGAGACCUAGUUUACUCUCCUGCGUGUUCGGAAUCAUCCCACAUUACUCAACGAGGCAUUGGGACAUUGUUGGACUUGUACAUACUGCACCGAAGCGAAUUGCUUCGUCUCAUCGUGCUUUAUUUGUUUCGCGCUUCAUUUCUCUCGGCCUCAACGCUGGUUUUCCGGUUGAUCUUCACUAUUAGCACUGAUCUCAACGGUUUUGCCUCUCGUUUUGAAGUGCUCCAGAGCACGCUGUCGCAAAGGACUCGCGAUCGCGUAAAGUCUCACCCUACUGCAGAUGAGCUCAAAGGAAGCGAUGGAAUGGAGAAAGUGCUUCUCUCGCUAGACGACAUCACUAAUGGGUAA